AUGACAAUGAAGGACAAAAUAAAGAUUAAGUUAUUUGUUGAUGGAGAUGAAGUAAAGAAUGCAAAUUUAAGUAUAAAAGAGACUAUACUAAUAUUUGAAGCAAAAGGUUUCUCAUAUAAAUCUAACAUUAAAGACUUUAACAUCCACACCUACUCUAAAACAGAUUUAUCAUUUAUAUUUAACGGACAAAAAAUAGUUAUUAAAGAUUUGAAUGAAAAAACAUUAAACUAUUUAGUAAAAGAGGGAAUCUAUAAGAAAGAGAAUUUAGUUAGAAAAUCAAACAAACCAGAAAAGAUAUUUGAGUUCUAUUUGUAUAAUACGGCUACUAAAGUAUUUGAUGUAAAAUCAUCUGAUAAUUUAGAAUUAUCAAUUAAACUAAUUAACACAGAUUAUUAUUUUGUAGUUGAGACAGAAACUAAACUAAUAACCUAUAUUCAGAUAACAGAAAACUUCUACUGUUACCAAGAUAAAGAUCAAAAAUCAUUUGUAUGGAGUACUUAUGAUAACAGGUUCAAAUCAUUUAUUACUUAUUCAAUUAAUUUUAACAGUUCAUUAGAUUUCUUAGAAUUUGUAAGUAAGUUUACAGAAGCUCAAUUUAAAUCACUUAAAAAAGAAUUAACAGACAUAAAUUUAUAUAGUAAUAUGUCUACAUUUAGUGAAAAAAGAGAAAUUAAACCGCCUUCGAAUAUUCUUACAAACCUAAUAAAAGAGGAGGAGGAUUCUGAAGUUGAAGAGGCUAUUAGAAAUUUUGAAUUUGCUAAUAAAAUUACAAAACACAAAAAUAAGAAUUUGUUAGUUGAUAAUGAUCGUGUUUACGUAACAAGAGGGACAUCAUUGGGAAUAUUUAACAAUGAUAAUUUCAUAAGUCAUGUUGAGAAUGCAUUUCAAGAUGAUCCACAAAAAUUACUAAGUAUGGGAAAUGCACAAUUAAUUGUUAAAGAAGUAAAUAAUGAAAAAGUUCUUAAUUUAAUGGAUUUAGAAAAAGGAAAAGUUGUAGAGAAGUGGGAUUUGGAAAGAAAUAUAAAUGAUUAUUUUCAUCAAUCACAAAAUAAUUUAUGUGGUGUUAAUGACUAUUCUUUAUUUAGAAUUGAUCCUAGAACAUCUGAAAAGAUAGUUCAACAUAAAGAUUAUAAAACCAAGGUUGGUUUUUCAGUAGGAAUGUCAAAUUCUAACGGAGACAUAGCAAUAGCCAGUAGUAAAGGUGAUUUGAGACUUUAUGAUAAGUUAAAUAAGAGAGCAAAGACACUUAUAAAUGGAUAUGGUGCUAAUGCAAAAGGAAUAGAUGUAUCAAAGGAUGGAAGAUACAUUCUUAUUACAUGUGAUAAUUACAUUCUUCUAUAUGAUCUUCUAAUAACUAACUAUAAAAAUAAGGUUGAUAAAGAAAAAAUGUUUUCUAAGAGAUUACAGUUAAAACCACAACAUAUGCAUUUAAUUUCUAAUGAAAAGUCAACAUUUACCUGUGCUAAAUUUGAUGAAAGUUCUAAAUUUAUAAUUAGCUCAAUAGGAGCUUAUUUAAUUAAAUGGAGACUAACUGAUAUUCUAGAAAAUAAUAUUUACGCUUAUUCAAUCAAAGAAUUAGCAGAUGAUGUUGUAGAUGAAAACUUUUUAUUGAAAGGUGAAGAUGUUAUAGUAGCAUUACCUGAUGAUGUAAGACAAAUUAAAAAAUCAGAUCUAACUAAAAAAUACAAUUAA